GUUCAUUGUUAAUGGGUUGAUGUCUCUAAGAUCUGGUGUAUUUUAAGGUCACCUUAUCAAAUAUGAUAAGAAUGUAUUUUGAUGACUACUUUAUAUUUUUCUUUCAUGAAAUCAGUCAUGAAUGAAAUUAAGAUGCUAACAUUUCAACUUAAGAUAUAUUCAGCUGAUGAGUAUUUCUCCUGGAAGGUCAAUUAUAGUAGGAUGAAAAUUAUAUGAAUCCAUUUUCGAAAAUUAAAGGUCUAGAUUUCUUAAUUAUCUCAACUGUAAUUCAAAUGGCUGAAUCCAGGAAGAAAAAGGACAAUAAAAAAUGUGGUGUUUGUGGUGACAAUGCAUUAGGCAGUAAUUUCAAUGCCAUUACAUGUGAAUCAUGCAAAGCAUUUUUUCGUCGAAAUGCCUUGAAAACUAAAGAAUUCAAAUGUCCAUUUGAAGAUAAUUGCAAAGUUGACAUGGUAACUCGACGCUUUUGUCAAAAGUGCAGAUUGAAAAAAUGCUUUGCUAUAGGCAUGAAAAAAGAAUGGAUAAUGUCCGAAGAAGAGAAAAAAGCCAAGCGGGACAAAAUUGAAAAAAAUCGUAGAAAAAGAAAUAGUCAGCAGGCUUCAUUACAGGUUCAGGACUUUACUUAUAUCAAAGCUGAAAGCCCUGAUGAUUCCCAGAUGUUGCUUAGCCCUAUUUCAUCAAUGUCUCCUAUGACACCACAAACUCCUGGUAGUGUUGGAAUGAUCGCUGACCUUCCAAAAACUCGUGCAUUCACUCAUCAGCCUCUCACUCCAUCAGAUUGUGAAUACAGCCCUCCAACAAAAAUUCCACAUUUGGAAAGUGCUUCAGACUCAAUGCAAGAUGAAGUAUCUAAUCAUUCAUCUCAAACAGCACAUUCUGCUGAAGAUACUAAUGAAUCUGUGAGUAUUUCAUCUGAAACGGGGCAUUCUUUGAUGAUAAAACAUGAAGUUGGCAGCUCCAACUCAGUAAAUAAUAGCAUUCGGGAAACUGAAGGUCUGCUAGUGCCAAAAGUAAGCCUGCUGGAUACUUCAUCAUCAUUAUGCAAUGAUGUGCCUAAAUCAAUUUAUGCAAAAGCAGUUGAAAUUGAAUUCACUGAACUUCCAAUCAGAACUGAACUUACGACAUCUAAAGAGCUUAAUAAACUUGAAAAAUUAAAGCUUCAAGAGCUAGUAAUCGCAAAUGAGGUAUUGAAAAUGCCUUUGCCAUGUGGUAUGUCUGAUCCAAGUCUGUUAGAUGUAAUUAAUAUGACAGAUCAUGCUAUUAGACGUUUAAUCAAGAUGUCAAAAAAAAUCAAUGCUUUCAAAAAUUUAUGUCAGGAUGACCAAAUAGCUUUAUUGAAAGGCGGUUGCACAGAAUUAAUGAUACUACGCUCUGUUAUGUCAUAUGAUCCUGAAAAAGAGUGCUGGCAAGGGCCUCAGGGUCCAAAAGUUAUGUCUAUUAAAGUAGAUAUUUUGAAAGAAGCAAAAGGCAAUGUCUAUGAAGAGCAUAAGCGAUUUAUUAAUUCAUUCCAUCCCCAGUGGCGAACUGAUGAAAAUAUCAUGCUUAUAUUAAGUGGCAUUGCUCUUUUUACUCCUGAGCGCCCAAAUACAGUUCACAGGGAAGCAAUUAGACUUGAACAAAAUACAUACUACUAUUUGCUACGCCGUUAUCUAGAUUCGAUGUAUGACUAUUGUGAAGCAAAAACUGUUUAUCUGAAGCUAAUACACAAGAUACAGGAGCUGCAUAUUUUGAAUGAAAAUCAUGUUCGUGUUUAUUUAGAUGUAAAUCCAAAAGAUGUGGAGCCACUUUUAAUCGAAAUCUUUGAUUUGAAACAUUGAAUGUUGGAAGCAAAUUUUGUUGUAGCCUGUAUAUUAUGAAGUGGUUUCUUGUCUAAAUUACUGUAGAAAUAGUUACAUUCUUUUGUGCCAACAUAAUUUUAAAGUAUGUCUUGAGUUAUAACAUGGUUCAUUAUUUCUUGCAUUUUAAACUUGAUUAUGAAAGUGUUAUUCUAGAAAGUCAAACUUUAAAGUGUUUUGUCAUUUCAUUUGUUUAUUCUGAAGUUCUCAAUAUUUUUAAACAGUUUUUAAUUUCAUCCAGUUUUGUGUAUGCAUAACAUUUUUGGAUGUAGUAUGCAGUGUUUUUAAACAACUUUUAAUUUUCAUCAUGUUUUGUGAGUAUAUAACAUGAACUGUGAAUGCAUAAUGUUUACUGAUGAACAUUUCAUAGUUUAUCGUAUAACAGUUAUCGUAUGAAAAAUUGAUUUGAGCAUAUAUUUGCAAGCAGAAUAAUGUCAACUAUUGUCAUACAGGAUCUAUUUUUACACAACAUUACAAUUUAACGACUGUCUUUCAUGAAAAGUUCAUGUGUCUAGCUCAUGCAUUUUAAGAAUUUCUGAAUUGAUGCAUGAAACUCUGAAUGGUGAAUUUUUAAUCAUCAGCUUCUCAUUUUUCAUAUGUUUAUAAAAUGUGGGGAGUUGUUAAAUAAUGUAGUUAGUUUUUGAGAUGUUACAUAAUUUGGUAUGUGUCAAGACUGAAGUAAAGCUAUAAACUCAUUGUAAACUACAUAGUCGUUCAGAGGCUUAUGAUUUUGCAAACAUGAUUUGUUAAAUCUGUUUUGUGUUAUUCAUUUGCUAACGUUUGAUUAAUUUUAUGUAAAUGUCUAAUAUUCUGUUUUGUUGUGAAUUUAUGUGUGUGAAAUGCAUGAAUUUGAUUCCCCCCUUUCAUUGCAGUUAGUAUGUCACUGAGCUUAUUUAUGGGAAAUAUGGAUAAUUAUUUCUAGAUUUCAUUAUUCAAAUUGCUAACAAGACUACCUUAAGGCAAAAUGCAUUUUGCAAGUAUUGAAAGUUUUAUUAAUAAAUUGUAGCUUACAUUAUCCA